AUGGUUAACAUUGUCAACAAAGUGAUGGGCAGUCCGGCUCUUUCCAUUGAUUCGGCUCUUUCGGCUCAAGCUCUGGCUCUACAUUUUAGUGAUGGCAGUCCGGCUCUUUUAAUAGAUUUGGCUCUUCUGGCUCGGCUCCGUUAUGAGAGCCGGCUCUUACGGUCCCACCCCUGCCUGCGUCUGAAGAUUCGGCUCUGCUCGUUCGCUACAAAGAAUCAGCUCUUAGAGCGGCUCGUUCGCGAACAACCCAUCACUACCUCUUUUACCGGUUCUCUUGGGAUCGACUAUAGUACAACAUCUCCAAGUCCCACAACUACAGGCGUUCCUUCUGUUGAAGUUACCGAUUCUCCAGGGAUCGACUACAAUACAACAUCUCCAAAUCCCACAACUACAGACGUUCCGUCUUUUGAAGUUACCGGUUCUCCAGGGAUCGACUUCAAUACAACAUCUUCAAGUCCCACAACUACAGACGUUCCAUCUGUUGAAGUUACCGGUUCUACAGGGAUCGACUAUAGUACAACAUCUCCAAGUCCCACAACUACAGGCGUUCCUUCUGUUGAAGUUACCGGUUCUCCAGGGAUCGACUACAAUACAACAUCUCCAAGUCCCACAACUACAGACGUUCCAUCUGUUGAAGUUACCGGUUCUCCAGGGAUCGACUACAAUACAACAUCUCCAAGUCCCACAACUACAGACGUUCCGUCUGUUGAAGUUACCGGUUCUCCAGGGAUCGACUACAAUACAACAUCUCCAAGUCCCACAACUACAGGCGUUCCUUCUGUUGCAGUUACCGGUUCUCCAGGGAUCGACUAUGAUACAACAUCUCCAAGUCCCACAACUACAGGCGUUCCUUCUGUUGCACUUACCGGUUCUCCAGGGAUCGACUAUAAUACAACAACUCCAAGUCAAAAAACGACAAGCAACCAUUCUGUUACAGUUACCAGUUCUCGAGGGAUCAAUUAUAAUACAACAACUCCAAGUAAAAAAACGACAAGCAUCUAUUCUGUUAAAGUUAACAGUUCUCGAGGGAUCGACUAUAAUACAACAUCUCCAAGUCCCACAACUACAGGCGUUGAUUCUUUUAUAGUUGCAGAUUCUUGUGAGGACUAUGACACAACACACAUAAGUCUCACAAAUACAGCUCUUAAUAUAAAGUCAGAUGGAUGCAGGACCACAGGAUGUUUAACAAACCUUCUUGACCAGAUUGAGAACAUUACAGCACAAGACCUCCCUUUCAAUGACAUUACCUAUCUUUUGGAACUGAUCUUUAAAACUUCAGAAAAGACUUUACCCUCACUAUCAUUGGACCCGAAUAAUCUAGUGUCUGCUGGAAACCAUUUGAUAAGGGUCAGUGAGGAGCUGGUCUCCAUGUUGGUAAAGCCAACAAGCAACUGUAGCAAUGUCAAUUUCACUCGUGAUACUCUUGAGGCACAACUCUUUAUGGUUGGACCAAAUAUCACCUUAAAUAAAAACCCUCAGCUCAGCACGAAAAAUGCUGCUAUGGACAUUGAUCUCAUUGAGAUUGCCGAGAAAAACUAUGGAUCAGCUGCUGUGGCUUUCAUGAGCUACAACACAAUGGAGAACAUACUAAAACCAGACUUCUUCAACAAAUCAGAUAACACAGUUAAAACCAUGAUGUCCACUGUCAUCUCAGCUACUCUUCAAAUCACCAACAAACAGCUCACCAAACCAGUCAACUUUACCCUCAAACACAUUAAAGAAUUUGUAUCUGGAGGAUAUCUUUCCUGUGUGUACUGGAACAUCAGUGAGUGGAUUGUAGAUGGUUGUUCUGUUAUAAAGACAAACAGCAGCCACACCGUGUGUUCAUGUGUUCAUCUGUCAACUUUUGCUCUCAUCAUUGAAACCAGCAGCCCACCAGAGGACAAUCCUCUGAUGGAGUGGUUGAAUUUGGUGUUUGUGAUCGUGGGUUUGGUGUUUACUAGUUUGGCUCUGUUGACUUUUGCUUUCUGUCGAUGGAAACCUGGAGUGAACAAUGUAGCUCGAAUCAACCUCUGCAUCAGUCUGCUGUCUGCUCAUCUUCUGUUCUUACUCACACAACAAUUCAUCAAUCUCAUAAAACCUCACAAGGAGUUGUGUGCUGUGAUAUCAGGCGUUCUUCACUUCUUCUUUCUCUCCUGCUUUGUGUGGAUGUUCAUUGAAGCUGUGCUGCUCUUCAUCUGUGUGAAGAACCUAUCACAGAUCAGCUCCAAACUUAAGGCGGUGCUUAGCCGCAUACUCUUGAUUGUGAUUGGAUAUAUGAUUGCUGCGGUUGUAGUGGGCGUGUCUGCUGGAGUGGUUCCUAAAGGCUACGGCAGUGAAGAAUGCUGGAUAAAACAGGAAAACGGCUUAUUCUGGAGUUUUCUGGGACCUGUUUACUUCAUUGUUGCUAUAAACAUGAUUGUCUUCAUCAGUAUCAUCAUUAGUUUGAACUCAACUCUCAAAAACCUCAAUGCUGAAGUUUCACGAAUGAAACAAACAAAGAUUAUGGUUUUUAAAGCCCUGGCCCAGUUUGUGAUUUUUGGUUGUCCCUGGAUUCUUGGUUUCUACACUGAGAACAAUCAGAUGAUAAUGAUACUCUUCCUGAUCCUGAACUCACAGCAAGGAACCUUCAUCUUUCUGGUCUACUGUGUCCUCAGUGAUGAGGUCAGACAGCAGUAUAUGAAGUGGUUGAGAGCUCUCUUGUCUGGACGCAAAAUCUCUGAACCAUCAAAUAUGCCCCCAAAGAACACAAGACUGAAUUAAUGAUUUUAUUUAUUUAAAGGGCCCCUAACCUAGGUGUUUUCAGGUGUUGUCUCUGGUAUCCCCAGUCUGUAAAGUUUCAGCUCAAAAUACAGCACAGAUCUUUCAUUAUAUGAUGUUAAA